UCUCGCUGCCCAGACGUUGGAGAGCAAUGGCGGCGUGCCGGGGAUCUUCGUCGAAAUGGUUUUUCACCCGGGAGCAGCUCGAAAGCACGCCGUCCCACCGAUGUGGAGUAGAGCCAGACCGAGAGCUCUCCUACCGGCAACAAGCGGCGAAUCUGAUCCAAGACAUGGGCCAGAGACUCAACGUCUCUCAAUUAACAAUAAAUACAGCCAUCGUUUACAUGCAUAGAUUUUAUAUGCACCACUCCUUCACCAAAUUCCACAGGAAUAUAAUAUCUCCAACCACCUUAUUCUUGGCCGCUAAAGUGGAAGAGCAACCUCGGAAACUCGAACAUGUGAUCAAGGUUGCGCAUGCUUGCCUAAAUCCCCAAGAACCACCUCUAGACACAAAAAGCAAUGCAUACCUCCAGCAAGCUCAAGAGCUGGUGAUACUUGAAUCCAUAGUGCUGCAGACCCUGGGCUUUGAAAUUACUAUUGAUCACCCACACACUGAUGUGGUGAAAUGUUCCCAGCUAGUGCGAGCAAGCAAGGAUCUGGCACAGACUUCCUAUUUCAUGGCUACCAACAGUCUACACCUCACUACCUUCUGCCUCCAGUACAAGCCCACAGUGAUCGCUUGUGUGUGCAUCCACCUGGCAUGCAAGUGGUCCAACUGGGAGAUCCCAGUGUCCACUGACGGAAAACACUGGUGGGAGUACGUCGACAACUCUGUCACUCUCGAGCUGCUUGAUGAGUUGACCCACGAGUUUCUGCAGAUUCUGGAGAAGACGCCCAGCCGAUUAAAAAGGAUACGCAAUUGGAGGGCAACACAAGCUGCCAAAAAGCCAAAGACUGAGAACAGUCAGUUGACGGACAACUCCUUUGCUGGGCCUUCCAUGCUCCAAGAUCAAGGCGACGCCUCCCUCUCUGGACUCUCAUCCUCCAACCCAAGUUUUUCCAAAGCAGGCGCCUCCUUCACUGCAUCCCUGUCACUGGACAGCUUGGCUGGCACAUACAAUCCAGCUAGCCACAGUGAGUGGCCCCAGGGCAACCAGGGCCUAACAGGCUACCCUUCCGCCUGUAUAAAACAGGAACCACUCAGCAUCCCCCUCCAAGAGCCCACACUGUCCUUGCAGACCUCCACUUUGCUUCAGCAUGCGCCAGUAUACAGGACUGACAAAACAGGCUUCAGCCCUAUCAAACAGGAACAAAAAGGAACUGCUGUGAGCGGGGUUGGCAAGCAUCAGCCACCACCUCAGUCUGCUUACCUUCCACCAGCUCAGCCUCCUGCACCACAACCUACUCCAGCUCAGAAGCUAUCUCUGGACAAAUACAGAGAGAAACAUGCUGCAGAGCUGGCUGUCUCUGGCCAGAAACGUAGUCAGGGACAGCACGGAGGAGUAAUGGAUUGCGAUGUAAGGGGGGAUAUGUCGUCUUCCUCCUCUUCUACCUAUGCACCAUCCUUUACGAGCCAAGUAGACCAUAGAAAACAUUCACAGCCCCACCAAACCACUGCCUCCCCAAUGAAAAUUAAAGUUCCUUCCUCCUCAGCUUCAGGGCAAGAUAGACGUCAUCACAGUGACAAACGGGACAAAGGCUCACUUAAACUCCGCCUGGCUGUUCCUGGGUCUGGUGGAAGCUCCCAGUUGGAUAAAAGUGGACAAUCAAGCAAAGAUGAGCUUAAGAUGAAGAUAAAAGUUUCUUCAUCAGAUCGCCACAGCUCAUCAGAUGACAACAACAACAAGAGUAAACAUUCCAGCCCUCUUGUCAGCAAGGAGAAGCAACAUCGUGGAGCAGACCACAACCUCCAUCGCCACCACAAGCACAGUCACCCUCACGCACACAGCGGGAAUGGACGAGGAGGCCCAGAGGGCCCAGGAGGCCUGCUACGGGGUCCUCCAGGACUGGUCAGCAUGGAUGGGACUGCGCUCGCUCCUCCUGGAUCCACCUCUUUGUCUUCAUCCUCGUCGCGCAAGAGGGUGUACCCCGAGGCCAGCCACAACCACCACCCUUCCUCCUCAUUCUCCACUUCUUGCUCGAAAGUGAGCAAAAUCUCCAAGGGUGGCACUGGUGCUGCAGGUACUACAUCUUUUUCUUUCCCCUUUUUUCCUCCUUGCUCCUCUCCUGUACUGCAGUGUGUCUCGUCUGGCUUGCAGCUCUAAGGCUAACCUCCCCCCUCCCCCCUCCUCCUCCUUAUUCUUGUUUCUCCUCCUCCCCUCCUGUCACACCCAGGUGGGCUGCGGACCUCUCAGCAGUACCCUCCUCCUAGUGAAUCGCCACAUGAAGUGGGAGAGCAGAGACACUGAGUCCACCACUCUGCAGCCAUGGUCUGCACAUGGAAAUGACAACAAACUACCGACAGACUUUGAAGACUAUGCUCACCUCCCUGUUAAGUGCCCUAGGAAAAUAACUUUGUGAUGAUAAACCCUUUACUGAAAGGCAGAAAAAUGUAUCUGCAAAAAAAUGAAAAGUAUUGUUGGACUUCUCAGUUUCUGAGAGACAAAAAGAUGAAAAAUUAUGCUUCCUGACUGUCAGAUCUCUGGGUUUUGAUGCUCAGUCCCGUCUUCUGUUAGUGUUUAAUUGCUGCUUGGUUCUCCUCCCUCCUCAAAUGAGUCUAGGAAUGUGCGAAGGUGGGUGUGGGUGUUUUCAUGAGGUGGUGCUCCUUAUAUUUCAGAUCUCCAUAUGGGAAAAAAAGUAUUAGUAAGUACUAUAAAGGCAUGGAAGGUGCACUUUCUUCUCUUCCUUUUUUUUUUUUUUUUUAAUGAGCAAUUUAAUUGAAUCACAUUUCUGCGGUUGUAUGGAGGAAGCCAGUGGCCAGCUGGAGAUGAGUUAAAGUUAUGUUUGCUGGCAUUCCAUUUAGUACUGUUGAUGGAUGCAUAUUUUUUUUUUUAGGUGUAAAGUUUCAUCUCCUCAAUUACUUUCUUGUCUUGAUUUCUUUUUAUACUUAAGUACUGUGCGUAUAAUUUGCAUGUUUCAAUCAUCAAAGGGAUUUCAAAGGAGAACGCGUACUUGCUGUUUACAGAAAGUGGAGAUAAAUGUACAUACGUUUUUGUAUGUUAGAAGAAAAAAAAGCUAUACCAUGACUACUCAGGUUUGGAGCUGCUUGUAAGUAUAACAAGAUAACUAUAAUACCUAUAAAAGACUUAUUUUGUUGAUCAUGGAUUGGGCAUCAUUGGGUGAAUGAUUGCUGCAUUCCAGUGGUGUGUGCUUCUUACAGCCUUCCUAAAGAGGGUGCUGUACUGUGCUUUUCCAUCACAGGAAACAUCAGUUGAUGCCCUUGGUAACACUGGCACAUCCAACACCUACUUAUCACAUCAGAGCGAUGCAAUUUUUACCAAAAAUUAUCUUUUUUGGACCUCCAAGUAGACCUUAAGCUGGAUGCCAAAGGUUGUGCCUCAAAAAGAAGAAAAACUGACAAAGAUAGUCGUAGUGUGCUAUUAAAGUUUACAUAACUCUUUUUACUUUGAAGUGCAUCAGACAUAAUUUCAUGACAUGAAGCUGUAGCCCUUAGAUGUCAGCUCAUAAAGGGAGUACAUAUUACAAGUAUUAUUGAAUCAACCACACAAAAAACAACUUUUGGCUCCGUUACAUCCCAGAAACACUUGUCAGAACAGUGACCAACUGGCCAUAUGCAACAUGACCUGCUGGAUAACGCCAGUAUCAUUCUGCGAUGUGGACGUCCCUAAUGAGUUUUGUCACUGAUGUCCAUCAAAUUGGUUGAAUUUACAUUUGCAGCCAUGUACCUGUCCAGGCACAUCUUUACAUUAGUUUCCUACAUUAAACUCUAUAUUGUUCUCAAAUCCCCUCUGUUCUUGACUUGGUUACUUGUUUAUUUUUAAAUUACACAUUAAGACUGAAGCUGGAUGGUUGGUAACCUCAUUAGUUAUUUAGAUUUGUGGGCACAGAACAAAAGCUGUUGUGGACAAGUGAGCGUAAGCCACUCCUUACAAUCUUUUUUUAUUUUCAUUUCAAUAUUGCAAAUAAACUUUAAAGUUGCCACUACCCUGACACUUUAUAAA